CCGCCCGGACUUUUCACUUGACGGACUGCAUGUUCUUCUCAUGCCCGUCAAAUCGUCCUUUAGCUACUUAGUCCAUGGAAGUUAAAAAACAUACACAUUUUACAUUUAUAUAGAGGUCAAAGUAUUUAUCAAUAUUGAAAAUGACAUCUAGAGGCACCCCGAGUCGCUUCCUACAAAGUGUUCUGCAAAACGGGGUGGGUCGGUAUGUUUGUCAAAUGAAGCGCAUUUCCCUCAUCUUCUCCAAGAAUGGACAGAGCUCUCUGGGAGCCAGGGAAUUCAUCGAAGAAGGAGUGGUGGAUUUUGCCCAAAAGAACCCUGGAACCGUUGUCUACGUAUCUCCUCAGUCCUGCAGGAUCCCUAAAAUUGUUGCAGAAUACUUAAACGGCAAUGUGAAGGAGGAAGCCAUCACAAGCAAGACGUCUCAACAGAUCGCAGAGUUAAUAACCAAACUGACCAACCAGUCUGGCCUGGAUAUCAUCCGUAUCCGCAAGCCCAUCCACACAGACAGCCCCAGCAUCCAGGGCCAAUGGCAUCCCUUCACUAACCGACCCCUAUCCAUUGGACCAAUCGGACCCCAGAAACAGCAGGCCAACUAAAGACUGUGAAACCUCAUAAUACUGGCAAUAUUUUUGUCUGUUAUCGUCACCCUCAUCAGUGGUAGAACGAAUACAACGAAUACAGGUCAGGUGUCCACUCUCCACAGAACUGUCCAGAGCAACUCCAUGGCAGACAAGCCAUUGUGUUUCUGAAACACCUGAAUCACCAGAUAUGUUAUAGCAUAUCUGCCCUUUUCGUUUGAAUGAAUUUUGCACAGUUAUCAGAGGCUUGUCAACUGGUAUCAGUGGCGUGCAUACAGAACAGUUUGUGUCCAAACAAGUAUUUCAAACUGCUCACUACAGCUGUGUUUUACGAAUAGAAUAAAGUGGUCAAUGUUUUAGACUCAGAA